UGAAAAAAAAGAAAAAACCCAAACCAGGAAGUCCAAUUCCCAUCACGCGCUCUAAACCCACGUGCCCUGGACUGUCCUCCUCCCUCCUCCCGCUACUUAUUUAUUUCCUUGGUGGCUUUUGUUUCUAAGUUCGCCAGCAGCUCUAUUAGGUGGAAUUUUAAUUUCUCCUAUUUUAGACAAAUGAGCGUGAAUUUCUCGAGAACUUCGAGAUCAAGAUCAACCUCAGCCGUCCGAUUUACAUCUCCAAAAGCACUUCUUUGUCUUCCCCAAUAAACCCGUUUCUGUUUUUCUGCCUCUGUUCCAGUUCGUUGCGUCUCUGAUUCUAUAUAAAAGCGUUUCCCUCUCCAAAAUUGGUAGCGGAGCAGUAGUUUUCCGGCCAAUUUCUUGGUCGGAGGCCUAAGGCCUGGGGAGGGGAGGGUAAACUGACCUUUGGCGUGGGAUAAAUGCUCUAAAUGGGUUGUUUUAGUUCUAAAGCAAGGCGGCAGUUUCCUGGACACGAGGAUCCAGUGAGCCUUGCUUCGCAAACAGCUUUUACGGUUAGUGAAGUUGAAGCACUCUUUGAGCUAUAUAAGAGUAUUAGCAGUUCUGUUAUUGAUGAUGGGUUGAUAAACAAGGAAGAAUUUCAGCUAGCCAUUUUCAAGAAUAGAAAGAAAGAAAAUCUCUUUGCAAAUCGGAUAUUUGAUCUGUUUGAUGUGAAGCGAAAAGGUGUUAUUGAUUUCAGUGACUUUGUGAAAUCACUCAAUGUCUUCCAUCCCAAUGCCCAACUAGAGGACAAGAUUGAUUUUUCAUUUAAGCUUUAUGAUUUGGAUAGCACGGGAUUUAUUGAGCGCCAAGAGGUCAAACAAAUGUUAAUUGCACUUCUUUGUGAGUCUGAAAUGAAGCUGGCUGAUGAGACUAUUGAGCUAAUUCUUGACAAGACUUUCUUGGAAGCUGAUGUAAAUCAAGAUGGGAAGAUUGACAGAUAUGAAUGGAACAAUUUUGUCUCUAAGAAUCCAUCAUUAUUAAAGAUCAUGACCCUCCCCUAUCUUAGGUAUGGAACAAGUCUUUUCUAUUUCAUAUGCAGAUGUCAUUCUUUCAUAAAUCUCUUAAAAUGUUAUGAUUUAUCUACGCAGGGAUAUUACUACUACAUUUCCAAGUUUUGUAUUUAAUUCUGAGGUUGAUGAGAUUGCUACGUGAGAGGCAGUAGCUUAGAAAGAUCCUGCAUUAGCGUUUAAUUUUAGUGGCUUGUAGUUUUUUAUUUUUUGGGGUUGAAAUCAACUGUGACAACAAAGAAAUGAAGGAAAUUGGUAUAUUUGAUGCAAGGAGGUAGAGCUGCCUGCGAUGGGUUAUAAAAUCACCCAGUAGUAAGUUCUUUUUGGUCGAUUUGUAAAGCACCUUCCAUAUAAUGGAAAUUUUCUAGCCAUUGUUGGUGAUUUUUUCAUGCUUGGAGAAGUGAGAUAAUGUAUAGUUUUUUUCUCAUAUUAUUGAAAAUAACCAUGCAAUUUGGAGUGGGCGAA